AUGAGCGACUCGCGCCGCGGCCGGCGGCCCAACAGCCACCAGAUGUGGGACGACACGGACCGCGACAGACAGCCCCGCGACCGCGACCGCGACCGCGACAAUCGAGACCGCAGAGGAUACCGCUCCAGAUCACGCGAUCGCUCGCCAGACAGACGGUACAGAGACCGCGACGCGCCAUCAGACAGAGGCCGUGACGGCGGUCGAGGCCGCGGAGGCGGCAGGGGUCGGGGCCGUGACCGGGAGCCACGCGGCCGCUACGACGACAGGGACCGCCGCGACCGCGACCGCGACCGCGACCGACGGGACGACUACCACGACAGAGACAGCCGACGGCGCUCCGCCUCGCCCCGAAGCGCCAGCCCCGCGCCCGCAGCCAACCUCCCCACGCGCUCCCGCCCGCGCGACUCCCCCAAGCCCGACCCCCGGCGCCGCAGCCGAUCCCCUCGCGCACGCCACGCCGGCAACCGAUCCCCGCGACGCCGCAGCGACAAGGACGACGCCAUGGACGUGGAAGAUAGAGAGGAGCGCGCGGACGACGGCGAGGUGGACGCGGAGGAGGAGCUGGACCCCGACGCCGCCGCCAUGCAGGCCAUGCUGGGCUUCGGCGGCUUCGGCACCACCAAGGGCAAGAAGAUUGCGGGCAACGACGUGGGUGGCGUGCGCAAGGAGAAGAAGUCGGAGUACAGGCAGUACAUGAACCGCCAGGGGGGCUUCAACCGCCCGCUCAGCCCCUCGCGGUGA